AUGAAUAUCUCUACUCUCCUCAACCACCUACCUGCAAACAAGGUAACCUUACCCUCUAUCAGAGAAUUGUCUCCAUCUCACAUAAUCGAACAGCAACCAUCGACAGCUCCGACCAUGUCGCAGUAUGCCCCUUCACUGAAUAGACCUAUCUAUAAUCCGAGCGGCUUCGGAAUCGCCAGAGGUUCGAGAGAGGCUAAAGGUGUUAGCGCAGGCUGGCAGAAUCCUUAUGCCCAAAAGAAGAUUACAGGUCCUCGUCCCGACCUUGCUUUCUUUUAUUUUUAUGAAAGAGCUUCUUCUGAAGGACCCAGAGAACGAGAACUCCCUCCCGAAUAUAAGGAAUAUAUUGACCGCCUGUGCGGGCGGCCCGCUGCACCUGCAGAAAAUAUGGCUGCAAUGGUCCAACCUCCUGCGGGUCAUCAGCACCCUGAUGCUGCUGGAGUGGAUGCGCAAAUCGGGCAGUAUACGGCACAACUAAAUCUCCCCAAGAAGUCAAGAAAGAAGCCCAAAAGAAAGAACCCGUCGCCGUCAGCAAUCGCAGGAACAAGCCAACCUGCACCCUCUCUCCAGUCGUUCAAUGGCAACAAGCCGUGGGAUCAGCCAUCUCCUCAUUGGGCUUUUAAGGGCAACUAUGAAGCAGGAAAGCUUUCCCAGCUUGGCCUCGAGCCUGGCAACUGGGGAGAGCACAUUGACAUCAUUGUUCCUCCCGGGAAGUGCCCACGAAAAGGCAACGCAGGCAUUGCGGUUGGAGCCAACCGAAAACCAUUUAACUGGAAUUGGGGACUGUAUACUAUUCUCGCCAGGAUCCCAGGUGGAAAGGCACAAAUGAAUGUCCUCUAUGAAAUGUGCCUAGAAUGGUGUAGUGGCGAAGGCGGGCUAAAGAGAUCGGGAAUAACUAACCAGAGUUGCCGUUCUGCUCUUACCAAAGGGCGAGAGUUCUUCUCGAAUUCGGAAGAUGAAAUGUGGCGCCUUGCCGAUCUUGGUGAGGAGUACGCAAAGAAACCUGGCGGCAAGAAGGGAAAUGGCCCCUGCGAUUUGACAGAGAAGAAUGGAGACGAGAGCCCCAAGAAAGCUGCUAAACGCCAGCAGUCGGACCACCCAUCUCCCAGUGGCCUGAACUCCGAUCAAUGUUCGACACCGGCGACCUCCUUCUCCUCGUCGCCUCAACUUUCUUCUGGCAAUGCCCAAAGCCUUCCCAGCUCGGUCUCGCCAACACCGUCGCCAACGGCAGGAAAUUCCUCAACGGCCGCUCAGCGCACACGCCUCCCAUCAAAGAGGAAGCGUGCUGAGGGAGAUGACAAUUCGGAAAUGGCUGCCAAGGCCAGGCGUACCGAACAAAUCGUAGAGUAUGUCAACCAGUCUCAAAUGAAGGAAAGAUAA